AUGGUGUCAGCAGAGUUGCCAAACGAUGAUGGUGGGGACGUGCCCUCCCAGAUAUUGGAAUCCGAUAGUUUGGAUGUAGCUGUACAAAAACUCAGACAAAUAUACUGGCAGCAGGUUGGAAACAACAAUGCUUCUCUGAUAAAUGUGUUCUCCACAAUAGACACUGAGCAGCUAGAAGUUUUGGAACCCGGUAAUGAGCUGUAUGGUCAGCUGAAUGAAAAGUUCCAUUUGGACGAAUACUUUGAAAAACACAACGAUCCAGUUCCAGUCUGGAAAGAAGGGCUGCCAGACCUUGGAGACUGGGAGUCGGAAAAUGAAAAUGACGGGCGUGAAGAUGAUGAAGUAUCUGCUUCAGGGCUUGAACUGCCCACAUCGGAGACAUUGGACUUUGUCUUUCGCAAUGUAAUGAAAUAUGGAUCCAUGGUACUCAUGCCAAAUGGAGAGGUGGAAAUCCUGGACCCUGAACAACUAUCCCCAGAGUCAUAUGCCGGUGAUAUUAUUCGACGUGAUAAAGAUCAGUUUGCCAAAAUAUGCCGAUACAAAAGAGUCAGCGAUUUUGACCUUAAAAGUGUUCAAGAGAUCCUGCAGGUGUAUCCGUUCUUUUGUGAAACUCAUUUUCGGUCACUGAUGGGUUGGGGAUAUACCACAGCAACGUACAAGUACCGAAUGUAUGAUCGUGCUGGAAGACAGAGCAAUGCUGACUUGAAACAGCUAGAAAAAAAAAAUAAUCCAAGAUUAUCCGGAUGUUAUCUACCCUCCCUCCCUCAAAGUCAACAAAAGACUCCGCAAUUAUUGUUCGUCCAACAGUUCUUGGCCUUACACAACAGCGCAGUUAGAACUAAGCCAUGUAGUUGCAAAGUUAAGGGAAAGAUCCUUCUAUUACAACACCUGUCAGGGGUUGCCUAG